UCCUUCCUUUUCUCCUUUCUGUUUAUUUUUUGUUUGAAUUUAACAUCCACAACACAAUAAUAUUUCUAUUAAGUUUUUAAACAUUACAAGGCAUUUAUCUAAAAGGACCAUGAGUAAAGUUACUUUAAUUGUUGACGGCCAAACAUUUAAGGCUCGCAAAGAUGCCCUGUGCGAGUUCAGUGAUUAUUUUCGGGCGAUGUUCAGCGGCAACUAUGUGGAAAACGAGCUGCGGGAAGUUCAAAUCAAUGUUGUGGAUGCAUGCUCAAUGAAAACAAUCAUAAAAUAUAUCGAUAAUGGCUUAAUAGACCUGACAGACUACUCUUUGAAUGAGAUCAAUGACCUGGCAGCAUCAGCAAACUUCCUGCAAAUCACUGAGCUGCUGAAGCAAAUUGAGUGUGUGUUGGACCUGCGGCUCAACGUCGCCAACUGCUUGCACAUCAUGGGCAUGGCUGAGAUGGCGUCGUUCCCUGCGCUGAAGAAGCUUGCAGCUUCUUAUGCUCUCCUUCAGUUUAAAGAAAUGAAAGCAGAGUACAUUCCAAGCCUGCAGUCCCUGCACUGGUACCUCUCUCACUCCCACCUGAACACUGACUGUGAAUUGUCUGUGUUUAAAAUGGGAUUGCAGUGGGUCAUUGAGGCACACAGGUCGGCCGAUGCACUUCUCAUUGUCCUUGGUUGCUUAGACAUAGCGGCUCUCACUGUGCAGGAGCUACAAGAAAUGCAGCAGUUGUUAAAAGAAUACCAGUACAGCCUGGCCUCCAAAAUGGUGGAUUGUCUGCAUGAAAUAUUUGUUAGAUUCUGGGACAUAUCAACCACAGAUAUUGUAAAAAAUAAGCAACUUUUAUGUGAACUUAACACUGAGAGAGUUUUUACUGAAGUCCUCAAUCUAGUGAACUCGAGUAUGAAGAGGGAGCUGAAGCUGGUGCCAUGCGUGUCGCUGACGGAGAGCACGGGCUGCCACGAGAAGGGGCCACAGUUCAUCUACACUUUCGAUGAGUCUACAGGUUUUGAGAAGUGGCUGGAGAUACCAGAGAAGAACCUGUGGGGCUGGAGCGUGGCGGCGUGGGGCGCGCACCGGCUGGUGGUGGCGGGCGGCGAGUACGGGCGCGGCUCGGGGCGCUUCCUACGCGACGUGCUGGUGUACGACACGCUGCGCGCGCGCUGGUCGCGGCUGGGCGCGCGCCUGCCCCCGCGCCGCCACGCCGGCCUGGCCGUGCGCGGGGACACGCUCUACAUGGCGGGCGGGGUCGGCAGCUUCAGAAUAGUGCUGAGCUGCGCCAUAGCGGUCGAUCUGGAGGAGCGUUCGUUCCGCAAGCUGGCGGCGCUGCCGGACGCGCUGCAGAGCCCGGCGCUGUGCGUGCACGCGGACACGCUGUACGCGGGCGGACACAAGCACGUGUACCGGCUGGCGGAGCGCGCGGACGGGGGCGAGCGCUGGGAGCAGGCCGUGGAGUCGCGCGCGCUGCGGCCCUCGUGCCUGGUGCCGCUGGGCGCGCACGUGUACAUGGCGCAGAGCUACUGCAGCCACCUGCUGCGGUUCCGCCCCGGGGAGGACAAGUACGUUGACACGUACAAGAGCUUCGUGAAUCCUGUUGUAGCUAUGUGCACUGAUGGCAAGAGCGUGGUGGCGGUGUGCGCGGCGGCGGCGGGCGGCGAGCUGCGCGCCGUGGAGCGGUACGAGGGCGGGGAGCUGCGCCGCACCCGCGUGCUGUGGACGCAGCCGGACCAGGCGAGUGAGCUGACAGUGAGCGCGGUGUGCGGCGCGGUGGCGCUGGCGCUGGGCGCGCCGCCGCUGCGCCCCGCGCGCUCCGCCUGGGCCGCCCAGCAGCUGCGCGCCUUCCUCGCCACGCCCCACCCGGACUACUGACGCAGCCAGCCGGAGUCAGCCGGACCACGCAGCACCCAGCCGGACCAAGCCACGCCCAGCCGGACCACGCCGUAGCAAGCCCCGCCCAUCCGGACCACGCUGCACCAAGACCCACGGUGACGGAGACAUUGUUGACGUUAGGUAGACUUUUAACUGACGGUAGUUCUGAUUCUGAUAUAAACUUAAUUUUGUGCUUACAUGACCGUGGUAAAAUACGCCACCGAGUCAAUAUAAACAUGAUUUCUGAAAGGCGCCCAGAAGGCAGGUAUAUUGAUAAUCGAUUGUUAUCUUUUAAUUGUAACUAUCUUUUGCCCGCGAGUUUUGCUGUGCCUUAAAGGGUAUUCCGGAGUAAAUAUCAGACAUCAGCCCAUUUCUAGUGUAAACAAAUCUAGCACAUUGUACAUACAUACAUAUUGAUAUUGUGGGUCACAAUACAAAACCUAUCAAAUUACUAUCAUUGCAUUCUUAUAGGGUUUGUUAUUUUCAUUUUGCACCAAAAGAAAACAAGUACUAGGUAGGUAUAUUAAAAACCGCUAUUGACUACAUUACACACUGUAAUGUACUUUAUUAGAUAACACAUAACUCCAUAUCACUCUGUAUCGAAAUACUUCUCAAUGCCCAUGUAUAAACUGAUUUGCAUUGUACCAGAUUGAUCACUUUCCCCAGGAGUAAAGCAGAAUAUUAUUAUCCCGGUUUCUUCAUAUAUGUACUUUGAGUUUUCAUAUAUGAAAAUGAAAAUAAGUAUCUUUAUUGUAAGAUAUGAGGCAGGAGGGUUCUUAAUCAAUGCCUCUUGACAUCGCGUAGCUCGUUCAGUGGCGUAUUGCAUUUCAAAAAUGUCUUUAUUUUUUUAUUGACCUUUGUUGGUUGUCAAACAUUAAACAUGUAGUGGGUGUAGUCAGCGUGUAAAUUCACAGCUUUUUUAUGAUGGCUAUGCUAUUAUCCUUUUGGAUAUUACAGCUGAGGGGAACAGGUAGUCCCUGCUUCAGGUUAUUACAGCUUCAGCGUAGGCGGCGAAGCCGACCCGUCGAGGGGUUGACUGCUGUUGCGGGUGGUUGUGGUGUAUGGAUGGCGAGAAACCGCCGGGCACAUGUCUAUAUCUAGGUAGCUCUUGAGAUCCGUUGUAUGCGCCGGCGUGCAGUGUAAGGUGAUAUGAGGUGGGUUAUAUAUCGUGAUAUGAGUAAAUUCACACUGGUGAAAAGCCAUUCCAAUGUGACACUUGCAAAUGUAUAUUUGAGACUGGGUUGACCGGCUGUCGUACGACGACGGCGACGAAUCUCCGUCAGAUUCGUCAUGUAUUGUGUCUGCUGCUAGUAUGGAGCGGAGGUUAGGAGAUUGGAUCUCGGUAACUUAUUUUUUUCCAAAAUUUUAUGGGCAUCUUUGAGACAGCGGCAAAUGGGCUUCGGCUAUUCCUUGCUGCUUGCUCGGAGGUAACGGUGACGCCGGCCCGACUCGUCUCGUCACGUCGGUACACGAAGAAGUUGGGCAGAUGGAGCUGGUCCGGGGGCCGGGGCCGGUGACCUCAGGGCCUCAGAGCUGCUCCGCUGAGCUCCGAGUCAGUCUUCGUCGGUGCAGAGGGCGCGCAGGUAGCGGUAGUGGCCGAGACCGUCACAGCUGGCACGGGUUUGGCCCACUGGACUGGUUCCUCAGCCGACCUCUUCUUUCCUCGGCGCCGUCCUCGCUCCUCUUAGCGGGGCCUGCGGGGUUCUGCCUGGUGGCAGUGGGCGGGGGCAAAUUGAUGUUUGGCUUCGUGGUCUCGCGGUAGCGGGCUGGCCGCGGGGGCACUGCGGUGGUGCUCCUCGUCCUCGCCAGGCCUCUAUACCUAUUGAGGAGUUCGUCCACCGCGUACAACUGAGUGAGUUCCUCCUUGGAGAGUCGCUCGAACUGCGCGUGGAAGAGGCAGCCCGGCCUCCCCCUCGCAGCAGCGAUGGCUCUCACAAACCGCACUGGGAAGCCCUUUGUCCUCAGCGCGGCCUGGAUCUCCUCAGCAGGCGUGUCCGCUGGCAGACCUCGGAUGGCGACCUUCGACGGGAGCUCAUGCUUCAAGCUAUAUCCAUAAUAGGAUAUAGCUUGGUCCUCCUUGCUCGCCGCUUCAAGGUACCGCUGCACGAUGCGGUACUCCUCCGGCGAGUGCGGGAUGAAGCGCACCGCCUGGUUGAAGGGGCGCGCGUGCGGGGCGUGGCCCAGCAGCUAGCGCGGUCACUGCGGAAGGCGUUACACCCACUAGCGGCGGCAAAUGGGCGUCGGCUAUUCCUUGCCGCUUGCUUAGCUUGGAGGUAACGGAGUUCUGUUCUAUUCUGUUCUAGAUGACGACGAGGAAGCGACCUUCGGGCACUUGUCCUCACUCUCGACCUCAAAUGAGUCGGGUGAGCGCGGCUAUGCCAGGAAGAUCACUCGGACCGGGUCACCACCUGUCUUCAGCGCCUGCAGCACCUCGUACAGGAUCUCCGUGCCGAUCACCAGAAGUUCCUCCUUUCCCUCGCUUCUGGGUUUUUGUGCC